CCGCGCCCCCGCGGCCCUCCCUCCCCAGUCCCCGGAUUAACCACGGAGGCGGCGGCAGGAGGCUGCGUCCUGGCCGCGGGCCGCUGGCAGGAGCGCUUGGGGAUCCUCCAAGGCCACCAUGUCCUUGCUGGGGAAGCGCUGCGAUGUCCCUGCCAACGGCUGCGGGCCUGACCGCUGGAACCCCGCCUUCUCCCACAAGGAUGAGAUCAUCACCAGCCUCGUGUCUGCCUUAGACUCUAUGUGCUCUGCCCUCUCCAAACUGAACGCGGAGGUGGCCUGUGUCGCCGUGCAUGAUGAGAGCGCCUUUGUGGUAGGCACCGAGAAGGGGAGAAUGUUCCUGAAUGCGCGGAAGGAGCUGCAGUCAGACUUCCUCAGGUUCUGCCGGGGGCCCCCAUGGAAGGAGCCGGAGACAGAGCACCCCAAGAAGGUGCAGCGGGGCGAGGGCUGCGGCCGGAGCAUCCCACGGUCCACCCUGGAGCACAGCUCGGAUGUGUACCUUCUGCGGAAGAUGGUAGAGGAGAUGUUUGAUGUUCUUUAUAGUGAGGCCCUGGGCAAGGCCAGUGUGGUGCCGCUGCCCUACGAGCGGCUACUCAAGGAGCCAGGGCUGCUGGCCGUGCAGGGGCUGCCUGAGGGCCUGGCCUUCCGGAAGCCGGCCGAGUAUGACCCGAAAGCCCUCAUGGCCAUCUUGGAGCACAGCCACCGCAUCCGAUUCAAGUUCAAGAGGCCGCUCGAGGAUGGCGGGCGGGACUCAAAGGCCGUGGUAGAGCUGAAUGGAGUCUCUCUGAUACCCAAGGGCUCACGGGAUUGCGGCCUGCACGGCCAGGCCCCCAAGGUGCCACCCCAGGACCUGCCCCCCAGCGCCACCUCCACCUCUGUGGCCAGCUUCCUGUACAGCGCUGCACUCCCCAGCCACGCCAUCCGAGAGCUCAAGCAGGAGGCGCCCACCUGCCCACUUGCCCCCAGUGACCUGGGCCUGGGCCGCCCGGAACCCAAGGUUCCCGCUGCCCAUGACUUCCCCGACUGCUGUGGACAGAAGCCCCCCGGGUCUGGUGGGCCUCUCAUUCAGAACGUCCAGGCCUCCAAGCGUAUCCUCUUCUCCAUCGUCCACGACAAGUCGGAGAAGUGGGACGCCUUCAUCAAGGAGACGGAGGACAUCAACACGCUCCGGGAGUGUGUGCAGAUCCUGUUUAACAGCAGAUACGCGGAAGCCCUGGGCCUGGACCACAUGGUCCCCGUCCCCUACAGGAAGAUUGCCUGCGACCCAGAGGCCGUGGAGAUCGUGGGCAUCCCAGACAAGAUCCCCUUCAAGCGCCCCUGCACGUAUGGGGUCCCCAAGCUGAAGCGGAUCCUGGAGGAGCGACAUAGCAUUCACUUCAUCAUCAAGAGGAUGUUCGAUGAGCGAAUUUUCACAGGGAACAAGUUUACCAAAGACCCCACGAAGCUGGAACCAGCCAGCCCCCCCGAGGACACCUCUGCAGAGACCUCCCACGCCACUAUCCUUGACCUGGCUGCCACUGCUCGGUCAGACAAGGGCAGCAUCCCUGAGGACUGUGGGCCAGGAACCUCUGGGGAGCUUGGUGGGCUGAGACCCAUCAAGAUUGAACCAGAGGACCCGGACAUCAUUCAGGUCACCAUCCCAGACCCUUCGCCAACCUCGGAGGAAAUGACAGACUCACUGCCUGGACACCUGCCCUCGGAGGAUUCUGGUUAUGGGAUGGAGAUGCUUACUGACAAAGGCACCAGUGAGGACCUGCGGCCCGAGGAGAGGCCCAUGGAGGGUUUGGAGGCUGAGCCCAGUCUUCCUGAGCAGGGAGAACUUAGGCCUGGAAGCACAGAAUUGGCAUUGUAUCCUAGGAACAGAUGUGCUCAGGGAGACCCAGGAACACUGCUUAUUCCCUCUCUGCUGAGAGUGGGCUCAGGACAGGAGAAUCAAGACAGCCACGGCGAUGUAAUCCGGCCCCUGCGGAAGCAGGUGGAGCUGCUCUUCAACACACGAUACGCCAAGGCCAUCGGCAUCUCAGAGCCCGUCAAGGUCCCCUACUCCAAGUUCCUGAUGUACCCAGAGGAGCUGUUUGUGGUGGGGCUGCCCGAAGGCAUCUCCCUACGCAGGCCCAACUGCUUCGGGAUCGCCAAACUCCGCAAGAUUCUGGAGGCCAGCAACAGCAUCCAGUUCGUCAUCAAGAGGCCUGAGCUACUCACCGAGGGAGUCAAAGAGCCCGUCACAGAAAGUCAAGAGAGGGACUCCGGGGACCCUUUUGUGGACGAGAGCCUGAAGAGACAGGGCUUCCAAGAAAAUUACGAUGCCAGACUGUCACGGAUCGACAUCGCCAACACACUGAGGGAGCAAGUGCAGGACCUUUUCAAUAAGAAGUAUGGGGAAGCCUUGGGCAUCAAGUACCCGGUCCAGGUCCCCUACAAACGCAUCAAGAGCAACCCUGGCUCGGUAAUCAUCGAGGGGCUGCCCCCGGGAAUCCCAUUUCGGAAACCCUGCACCUUUGGCUCCCAGAACCUGGAAAGGAUCCUUGCGGUGGCCGACAAGAUCAAGUUCACGGUCACCAGGCCUUUUCAAGGACUCAUCCCCAAGCCCGUCUGGAAGCUCCACUGAAACCUGUUCAGCAUCACAGCGACACGCGAGCCUCCACCGGCGGAUGGAUGGUGGCUGCGCACGAGGUGCACUGGCCAGGACUUGAACCCGGGUCUCCUGCGUGGAAGGCAAGAAUUCUACCACUGAGCCACCAAUGCCUCGGUGUGACCUUAUUUGGUUCUUACUUGGAAAUAAUGUCUUUGCUGACGUGAUUAGUUAGCAUGAGGUCAUACUGGCUGAGGUGGCCUGAAUCCAGCAUGACUGGUGCCUUCGUACGAAGAGAAGAGACACAGCCAGAGAGGCACGAGGAGGAAGGCCGUGUGACGACAAGGCAGAUUGGGGGUACCGAGGACUGAGGCCAUCAUGAGCUAGGAGAGAGGCUCGGAACAGCGUCACCCUCAGAGCCCUUGGGAGGAAUCAGUGCGGCUGGCACCCUGAUUUGGACUUUCAGCCUUCAGAACUGUGAGACAAUAAAUUUCCGUUGUUCUAAGCCACCCGGUUUGUGGUACUUGGCUACCUCAGUCCUAGAAAACUAAGACACUGGGGUCGGGACGCUCCUGCCGUCCAUGCAGCCGGGCUAGAGAGGCCGUUAGAUCUGGCAGCAAGUUCUAGCCCCCACCUGCUCACUGGGUAGCUAACCUUGGGCAAGCUGCAUACCUCCCUGUACCUCAGUUUCCUCGUUGGUAAGAUGGAGAUCAUGGUAGUGGCAGCUCCACAGGGCUGUUGGAAAGCUGAGUGAACGAAUCCAUGUAACAGUCUAAGAGCAACGUCUGCACUCAUGAGCUCAGUUUCUCUAAGCAGCGAUGCGUUAUCGGGCACCCGUAACGUGGUGGGCAUUACUCCAGGUGCCGGGGGCUGUGAUCGUGAACAGAGCAGACGAAAGCUCAGCCUGCAGGCGACGUCCCUUC